AUGAGACCUGUCAGUGACACUAUAGAUGAGAGGCUGAGGCCUGUCAGUGACCCUAUAGAUGAGAGGCUGAGACCUGUCAGUGACCCUAUAGAUAAGAGGGUGAGACCUGUCAGUGACCCUAUAGAUGAGAGGCUGAGACCUGUCAGUGACCCUAUAGAUGCGAGGCUGAGACCUGUCCGUGACCCUAUAGAUGAGAGGCUAAGGCCUGUCAGUGACCCUAUAGAUGAGAGGUUGAGACCUGUCAGUGACCCUAUAGAUGAGAGGCUGAGGCCUGUCAGUGACCCUAUAGAUGAGAGGCUGAGACCUGUCAGUGACCCUAUAGAUAAGAGGGUGAGACCUGUCAGUGACCCUAUAGAUGAGAGGCUGAAACCUGUCAGUGACCCUAUAGAUGCGAGGCUGAGACCUGUCCGUGACCCUAUAGAUGAGAGGCUAAGGCCUGUCAGUGACCCUAUAGAUGAGAGGCUGGGACCUGUCAGUGACCCUAUAGAUGAGAUGCUAAAACCUGUCAGUGACCCUAUAGAUGAGAGGCUGAAACCUGUCAGUGACUCUAUAGAUGAGAGGCUGAGACCUGUCAGUGACCCUAUAGAUGAGAGGCUGAGGCCUGUCAGUGACCCUAUAGAUGAGAGGAUGAGUACACUUAUAGAUUAG